UAAUAUUCUAUAAAAUGUUCAUAUUUAGUGUUUCGAAGAAAUGAGUUCGGAAAAAUAUAGAGGGAUUUUGUUACAAGUUGCGAGUAAAAUGAUGGAAAAAGACAUUGAAGCAAUAAAAUUUUAUUUCCAAUAUAUUGGCGAUGGAGUUCUAGAAAAAGUUAAAACUCCUAUUCAAUUGUUCCAAACAUUAGAACGUCAUAUGAUUCUUGGCGAAAAUAACUAUAAUAAAUUUAUCGAAGCACUUAAUCAAGUUGGAAGAAAUGACUUAGCUAAACUUUUUUCUGACAACAGCCAAGCUACUCCAAACAACCAAGCUAAUCAAAGAGUUCCUCAAGACACUCAUGAUUUGAGAAAGAACUAGUUGGAAAAUUCACGGCAGUCAUCACACUCGAGUUAUUGGCGAAAAAGAGUCACUGCACUUUUUGUAUAUGAAAAUAUGAACGAAAGCGUAUGCAAAUAUCUAACUAGUGUAAAUUUCAAGUUUUAACAUGUUAAAACAUAUAUCAAGUUUUA